GGGGCGGGUCUCGUGGUCUCGUCGAUGUAGUCCACUUCCUGCUUCUUUGCCCUGGUUUCGCCCGAUCAGCUGCAUCCAACCCUUUAUCCGACGAAAGGCACAAUGUCACAUCAAACGGGCAUUCAAGCGGGGAACGAUGUGAAAGAUAUCUUUGCCAGUGCCAAGAGCGGAGACCAGUAUCGAGUCUUAAAGAUCGUCAUUGACGAUGAGCAGCUGAGUCUGGGUGCCACUAGGAAAGCAUCAACGCAGUGGGACAAGGAGUAUGAUUCCUUAGUGCUGCCCCUCCUCGAGGAUGACGUGCCCUGCUAUAUUCUCUACCGGCUUGACUCCACUAACAACCAGGGCCACGAGUGGAUCUUUCUGGCCUGGUCUCCGGACCACUCUUCUGUGCGACACAAAAUGUUAUAUGCUGCUACCAGAGCCACACUGAAGAAAGAGUUUGGAGGAGGGCACAUCAAGGACGAGAUCUUCGCUACCACAAAGGAUGACUUAAAUCUCAGCGGAUACAGGAAAUAUCUGACCUCACAGGCUGCUCCGCUACCCCUCACUGCUGCAGAAGAGGAACUGAGACAGAUCAAACUAAAUGAGGUGCAGACAGACAUCAGUGUGGACACCAAGCAGCAGACCCUGCAGGGAGUGGCCUUCCCCGUUCACCAAGAUGCCGUCGCAGCACUUGAACGUUUUAGGGAGAAGAAAAUCAACUACGUACAACUGGAGGUAGACGCUCAACAAGAGCUGAUCCGGUUGUGCAGCACUGAGCCAACUGAGUUGAAAGACCUGCCAAUGAGAAUCCCUAAAGAGUCCGCACGUUACCACUUCUUCCUCUACAAACAUUCCCAUGAAGGCGACUACUUAGAGUCCACAGUCUUCAUUUAUUCUAUGCCCGGUUACAAGUGUAGCAUCCGAGAGAGGAUGUUGUAUUCCAGCUGCAAAAAUCCCUUGGUCGACAUGGUGGAAAACAAACUCCAGAUUGAGAUUGAGAAAAAGUUGGAGAUUGAUAAUGGGGAUGAACUGACCAGUGACUUCAUGUACGAGGAGGUGCAUCCCAAGCAGCAUGCACACAAGCAGGCCUUCGCCAAGCCCAAAGGCCCUGCUGGGAAAAGGGGCGGUCGCCGCAUCACCCGACCACCCGCAGAGGGAGAGGAGGCAGAUUAAAUAGACCUCAGUACCCGACCACGACCGCCACCUCCACUCCGAACACGUUCCACAGUGGAACAUUCCAGUGAUGGGGGGGGGAAAUCAUAUUUGACACACGCUUGUUUAAAAGAAUAAGACGAUAACCUCAAAUUCCCACAAAGUUCACCCAGAGACCCAACUAUGCACGCCAAGGACAACUGAGCAAUGACACACUUCAGAAUUUUCCAUUUGUAGCUUGCCAAAUGGAAGGCUAUAUAUGUAUGUUACUACAUUCAUAAAAAGUAAUUUACAAUGAUUCCAAGAGGCCCAAAGUUGAGGUUUUAAAUUUUUGCCAGCUCCAAGACUUAAAAAAAAAGUUAGUGCGACUAAUGUGAACUUGCGCCGAUAUGAUAAAACUCCUCCAUUUUGAGUUCA